UAUUAAUAUUCCCUCUCUUCGCCCUUAAUUUCUCUCUCGCAUCGCCUCCCAAACCCUUCCAGUUCAGUUCCCACCACCCAAAACCCCCAAUCUAAUCCCCAAAUUGACCAAAACCCUAAUUUUAUUUUCAAAUUUAUAUAUUUAUUUAUAAAGAGUGAGAGUAUUAUAUGGAUUCAGAUCAGGGGAAAUUGUUUAUUGGUGGAAUUUCGUGGGAAACAAGUGAGGAGAAGCUUAAAGAGUAUUUUAUACAGUAUGGGGAAAUUUUGCAAGCUGUAGUGAUGAGAGAUAAGACUACGGGUAGACCUAGAGGCUUUGGUUUUGUUGUUUUUGCAGAUCCUAAUAUUCUCGAUAGGAUUCUUCAAGAUAAGCAUACUAUUGACGGUAGAACGGUGGAGGCAAAGAAAGCUUUAUCGAGAGAAGAGCAGCAAACAAAUGUCAGAACUGGGAACUUUAAUCCUUCCAGAAACAGUGGAGGUGGUGGAAAUAUGAGGACCAAGAAGAUAUUUGUAGGAGGGUUGCCGCCUGCUCUGACUGAUGACGAAUUUCGUCAGUAUUUUGAAGCUUAUGGCCAUGUUACUGAUGUAGUAAUAAUGUAUGACCAGAACACCCAAAGGCCUCGCGGGUUUGGAUUUAUUUCCUUUGAUAAUGAGGAUUCGGUUGAUCGAGUCUUGCACAAAACUUUUCAUGAUUUGAAUGGUAAGCAAGUUGAAGUCAAGAAGGCUCUUCCUAAAGAUGCUAAUCCUGGUGGAGCAAGCCGAUCUAUGGGUGGUGGUGGUUAUCAGGGGUAUGGUGCUUCUGGGGGCAAUGCAAGCUCAUAUGAAGGUCGAAUGGAUUCAAAUAGGUAUCUGCAGUCACAGGGCUCCGGAGGUAGCUUUCCUCCUUAUGGCUCGUCUGGCUAUAGUGGACCUGGUUAUGGAUAUGGUCCUGCUAAUAAUGGAGUUGGAUAUGCUGGUGGGUAUGGGAGUUAUGGUGGUGCUGGUGCUGGGUAUGGCAGCCCAGCUGGUGCCGCCUAUGGGAAUCCAAGUGUCCCAAAUGCUGGUUAUGGAAGUGGUCCACCUGCUGCCCCCAGAAGUUCUUGGAGCAAUCAAGCUCCUGCUGGUUAUGGUGCCAUGGGCUAUGGAAAUUCUGCUUCUUGGGGAGCAGCAAAUGCUGGGACGGGCAGUGGUGCUCCCGGUUCAGCACCUACUGGUCAAUCCCCUAGUGGAAGUGCUGGUUAUGGGAAUCAAGGUUAUGGAUAUAGUAAUUAUGCUGGAAAUGAUGGUUCUUAUGGGAAUCCUGGUGGAUAUAGUGCUGUUGGAGGGCGUUCUGGGGGUACUCCAAAUAACAAUGCUGGUUCAGGUGGCGAACUACAAGGGAGUGGCGGAUACAUGGGAAGUGGCUAUGGUGAUGCAAAUGGUAAUCAAGGAUAUGGAAAUGCAGGAUGGAGAUCUGAUCCAUCACAAGCUUCUGGAAAUUACGGUACUCAAGCUAAUGGACCUCAUGGUGGGCAACUUGGUUAUGGUGGGGGCUAUGGUGGUGCCCAGGCUCGACAAGGCCAACAACAGUGACAGUACAUAUUGCUGCCAACUGGAUCUUCAUUGUUGUCUGAUGAGUUCUUCAUGCUUUUGUGAUGAGGUCUUCUGCAGAUUUGUUCUUAGCACCGACUUAACAGCAGUGGAGAGAGUGACCAAAUGGAACGCUGAUGCAUUUUGGGACUGGUUGGAUUGCCUAAAUUCCAAUAGUUUGCCAUAUCUAUUUUCCUAGUCUUUAAUAAGUAGUUUAAGGCGUACUAAAUGCCCUUAUCUUCUA